UUCACUUUUGCAAACGAAUCAGGAAAUAAAAGCAGAAUACGAUCUUACAAGCCCGUCAAGUGUGAUAAAAACCCACAAUACUCUAAGAUAUCUGGGCGCAUAAAUUGAAAGGAAUCGCAGGUGAAAUGGUCAGUGAUGGAAAACAGACUUGACGAGACUGCAAACUCGACCACUCUGACUAAUAAACAGCGUGGGAAUGAGGUCACAGUCCGACCCGCCACUUUAGAUAAUCUCUCAAUUCAUCAGCUGGCAGCCCAUGGAGAGAUUUCACAAGUGGAGACACAUCUAGUCAAAGACAACUCUGUGUUAAACAGUCAAGAUGAGCGUGGUUUCACACCACUGAUGUGGGCUGCUGCAUUUGGAGAAAUAAUGAUGGUGGAGUUUCUUCUACAGAAAGGAGCCGAUCCGAAAACACAAGCUCGGGAACGAGAAAGCGCCCUGUCUUUGGCCAGUGCUGGGGGGUUUGCAGAUAUUGUCAAUGUUCUCUUAAAACAUGACGUUGACAUUGACUCCUAUGACUGGAAUGGUGGGACCCCUCUUCUCUAUGCAGUUCGGGGUAAUCACAUGAAAUGCGCUGAAGCUCUCUUAAGAUAUGGGGCAGAUAUCACGUUUGAAGCAGACUCUGGAUAUAGCCCUGUAGCUCUUGCUGUUGCACUGGGACACAAAAAAGUGCAAAACCUUCUUGAGGAACACAUUCUGAAACUGUUUCGGGGACCAGUUUCAGUAUCAGAGAGCAUCUGAAGCACAGGACUGCUCUUUAAAGACCCUGGUUUCAACUCUAAUCAUAAAUCAUUUAUCAGUGUAAUUUAAAAUGGGAUAAAA